AUGAAGCUUUUCAAAUUCCUUGCAGUCGCUACGGCAGUCAAUGCUGAAAACCGACCAGAACUCGAUGAUACUUUCUUGAAUCAGUGCCAAGCGGCAUACCUAGAAAGCCAAGGUUACACAGUCGAUCCUUCUAUGAUCAUCGAAGAUGACUGUGACAAAGAAGAUGAACGUGGUGCCUAUGGACUCGUUACAAAAUGGACAAAUAUGUGGGACCCCGAUCAGAACAGAUACAUUGUCCCAUACUACUUCCCAGACGGGUAUGAGGACCUUGUCUACGGCUCGCACACGGGAGCCAUGUCCAUCGAAGGAAUCAACGAAAACGUCGCUCACUUCGAAAGACUCACCUGUGUCAAGCUCAAGCAAAUCACAGAAGCUGAGAAGGGUGACUACGAUUCCGUGGUUCGAGUCAACUGGGACGUCACUACCAGAGCAUGCUCAUCCGGUGUCGGUCGAUGGUCAGGAGAUAACGGAAUCACCAUGCGACCAGAUUGCUACACCUGGAACAGCGGAACAACAGUCAACCACGAGUUCAUGCAUCGAUUGGGAUUUCUUCACGAGCAUCAGCGAGCUGAUAGAGACAGUUGGAUCUCUAUUCACGCCAACGUAGCAAGCAAUGGAAACUACGGAAAGCUCUCUUUCGGCCAAUGGGAAGACCUUGGCAGUCCUUACGAUUUCAACUCGAUUCUCCACUACUACUCCGGAAUCGAAGCUGACGGACUUCCAACCAUCGGCCUUGCGAGUGAUCCAUCAAUCCGGGCUCCAGUUUCGAGAACUUGGCCGAUGUCACCAGAAGAUCAAUUCCAAAUGAACGCCUACCACGGUUGUGAAAUGAACAACAAAUGCGCCGACGCCGGUGAAGACAGAUGCGGAGGUUCCAGACAUACCUGCCUCAACCAGCCGAUCGGUUACACUUGCGAAUGCGCUGAAGGCUACGACCUUGUCACUGAUGAUGAGGGAAUCCAAACUUGCGUCGGCACGGAGCCGAUCGAGAUUGUCCACGAUAUGGUAGUGAUGAUUGACGGAACUGGCUCAUACGGCUACUACCGUUCUGAUGCAUGCACCGGUGUGCAAGACGCAAUCAGAGAACUCCAAGAGCUUGGAAGAAACGCAACAGACGAGACCUUCCGACUCGGUAUCUCCCUGUACUCUGAUAGAACUUUCUCCACAACAGAGUUCACUUCAACAUCCCCGCUUUUCUUCGACAUCCCAAUGCCAUUGGAAGACGUUAGUGGAUUCACUGAAGACGACAUCACCGACGUAUACAAUCAUUGCAUGACCCGUCUCGGAAAUAUGUGGUACGGUGGUGAUCUCCCAGAGGAUGUUCUCGGCGGCUUGAUCUGGACGAGAGCAGCUGAUGCAAUGAACUGGGCAGAAGAUUCUGCAAAGACGAUCAUCGUCGCAACAGAUGUCAAUUUUUGGACGAAGGAGUCGUGGACCGGCUACCAGGGCUCACGAACACCACCAACAUCCGUGCCUGAUGGUGGAUCUCUCAAUAAUCUUUACAUUUACGGAACCGAUGCGACUCAGGAGGAUGGAAUCUACUCUUACUAUCCCGAAGAAGAUACUGUCCAUUUCCUCACUUGUUCAGACUACGCUCUAAACAAAAUCUUUUUCUCCGUGAAAAACGCCGCCUACUAUGCUGCAGACUACGAUCGCCUUAGCGCAUACGGUUGCCCCGACGUUCUUGAGACUGCUCCAGCGGCUGGAUCCAUCGCUCAACAAUUCACAGACAUUGUCGAAAAUCUUGAAGAUUUUGCAGCGGCCGCUGCCACCGCUGCAGCAGCCGUUGACGAAUGUGCUCUUGGAAGCGACGACUGUCACGCCGACGCAACUUGCACCGAUACCACCGCUAGCUACACAUGUGCCUGUAACGAUGGCUUUACCGGUGAUGGCUUUUCUUGCACUGCUGUCGAUGCUUGCGAAACACUCGUUUGCGACGGCGCACAAGAAUUCUGCCACAACGGUGCUUGCACUUGCAACGAUGGCUACGAAAUGGUCGAUGGAAGCUGCGCUGAUGUCAAUGAAUGCGAUAUCAUUGAGGCAUCUCUCACAUUGGUUACGAUCGGAGACUCUAUGCUUGUCCCUUGCGCUGACGGAGCUUCAUGCCAGAACACCGAGGGAUCAUAUGAAUGCGUUUGCGACGGCGAAGGCUGGGAAGAGAUCGACGGCGAAUGCGUCGACUUGCAUGCAUGGAAACAAGUCAAUACUCAAUACACCAUCCGAAUGCGAAAAGUCAACGGACAUUUAGACCGACUCAACGACCAACUCGAGAAAACAAGAUUCACUCGUAAAUACAUGAACAAGAUGAUCAAGAGAAUCGGCGAACUAGACUCCCAUACUAACGAAGGACAGUACCGAUGCGACGGAUCCGACGAGCCAGAGGAAGAAGCCGAGGAUCUCCAGGUCUUCGAUGGAAUGACCAACUGCAAGCUUGCUUCGCAAAUCAACAGCGCUCUCGUCUCAGCUUCUCGAAAAUGGGCCUGCACAAGAGCCGGAUUCGGAAACUCUGCCGCUGACAGACUCGUGCGACACUUCAACAAGCUCCACCGACAAUUCAAGAACCGAAUGUGCUCUGAGGAGUAA